GGAGACAAAUUCUGGUCCUAGGAGUCCAGACCUAACCCCACCGUCUGUAGGCAUUUUAAAGUUCCUUCCCCUGGAUCUUUGGGUGAACUCUGGGGUCUCUGAAAUACCCCAGCACUUAAGAGGCAAUAGGCUGACUAGGUGACAGAUGAACUUACCAUCUGCAGUGGUUCUGAGGUGCUUGAACUGGCCUGGAUUUCCUAUUUAAUUCUUUACAAUCCACUUAUUGAACACUUCCUCUUCAGCCCUAGGGGAGUGGAAAAUAGAUGCCAAAAAAGAGAAAGACUUGUGGGUUGUCAUGCUUAAAGAGGUAGCUUAAACCCAGGCUACAAACUGCUCCAUCCUCAUCCCCGGGUAACUACUUCCAUUCCAAUCUUCUUCCGAGAGAAUCCUAACCAAGAGGUCAAGGGGAGGUUGAUCAGCAGUUGAACAGAUAACAGAGCUGAAUCCCACCUGCACGCCAUGCAUUAUUCUACUCUAUGCUCUGGGCUGGCCUUUCCUGCAUUCAUUCUCCUGGGGUUCCUCCUCAGCCUGGGAGCUACCACCGAAAUUGAUGAAGAUCAGGAACUGGAGGAAAAGAAGAUCUUGGCUUGGAUGAUCGCCCAGCAACAGAUCACCUCUGUGAGCAAAAGUCACUUGAGGUCCUUCAAAGAAAUCUCCAACCCCUCAGAGUUUAGUAAUGCCUCCUAUCAACAGCUGGCUGGAAUCCUGCCCACCAAGAAAAAACUGAUGACUAUAGGUCUGUCCUCUAUGCAGCAUCCCCAGGGCAACUACCUCAUGAGUACCUUGAAGUCACUAUUCCUUGCUUCCUCCAAGGAUGAGCUGAAGAAUGUCCUAGUGCUGGUUUACUUGACUGUCCUUGAUCCUACUUGGUUCAAUGAGACCAUUAGUGACAUUGUCAAGACAUUCAGCCCACAAACACUGGCAGGGCAAUUGCUAGUGAUCUGUUCCUUGUCUACUCCCUGUCCUAUGAGGUCUCUGAAAACUAACGUCAGUCAGGCCUACUCCAAUAUGGUCCAAUUUAAUCAGAAUGUGGCCCAUGCCUUGCUCAUGAACUUCGCUGCCAACCUCUCUAACUAUUUCCUGAUGAUUGAAGAUAACGUCCACUGCUUGCGUAACUUUAUCACUUGCAUACAGAGAGAGAUGGUGACCUGGGAGACAGAUAACUGGGUGCUAAUGGAAUUCUCAACAUGGGGCUUUGUUGGCAAACUCCUGCAUUCCAGUGACCUCCCCCAGCUCGCUCAAUUCUUCUUUCUCUACAGGGAGGUAGCUCCUGAUGUGCUUCUCUACCAUUUCCGAAAGCUGCUUGACCAGAACCAUCCCAUCCAAUUCAGCCCUUCCCUCUUCCAUCAAGUGGGCUUCUCCUUCAAUGAGAGCAGCUCCAACAAAUCAAAGUACAAGAAGGUCAAGAAUAAGGACAGAGAGGAGCCACCCAACAAUCCACCUGCGACUGUCUACAGUAAUUUGAGGAUUUUAAAUGAUGUUUCUCCCCAAAAGGCCUACAUCCUAGGUGAGAAAGGGUUCUUCUGGGCACUGGAGCCUAAGGUUGGCAACCAUUUAACCGUGGUUUUGGCCAAGGCAGCCACAGUCACCCGGGUGCAGGUGUUGACAGGUACAGACCAGGAAAACAAGGAGAAGCUGAAGGAUGGCAAAGUAGAAUUAGGCUAUGAUCCCCAAGGAGAGCCCAAAGCCUGUACCCACUACAUUCUGCUGGGGUCACUGGUAAAUGGGAAGCUGGACCACAAGAUGUUGAAUAAAAAGACAGGGAAGAAUGUGAGCUGUCUGAAGCUAGUAGUGAGUACCUCUCAGCAUGGCAAAGUAAUGAUCAAGCACAUUAAUAUUUGGAGCAAGCCUGAGUGGUAGACGGAGAUUGAGAGAAUGAUGGAAAAUUUUGAGGGACCCCGGGGUGAAUUGACACAAGGGAUAAAAUUAAAAUCUUGAAAUCAC